AGCUGUUCUGAGCUAUGUCAGAAGAUGACAGAUACAGUUGUAGUGGAGGGACAAGUUAAAUUCAGAGAUGGCAAAAAGUGGAAGAGUCGUUGGGUCACGUUGCGGAAGCCGUCCCCGGUCGCAGACUGCCUCUCUCUCCUGGUCUACCGGGAUAAGUCCGAUAAGGUCAGGGGUCGUCGUGAGCGGCUGCAGAUGACCUUGGAGGGGAUCUGUGGAGUGGAGCCGGGGUUAGGCUACGACGGGGUGACCUACACCCUCACCAUCCUCUGUCUGGGACACACAGUGGGACUGGGCUUCGACAGCAGAGAGGGGCUGACGGCAUGGGACGCUAGGCUGAGAUACAGCCUGGGAGAAGUCCACAGGUUCAGUGUAGGAGUUCAGCCAGGAACUAAGCUAGAGAGUGGUCCUGCCACCCUGCACCUGUGCAACAACCUAUUGGUCCUCACUAGGGACCUCCCACCGGCCGUGAUUGGCCAGUGGAAGCUGUCAGACCUGCGUCGCUAUGGCGACGUGCCCAAUGGCUUUGUGUUUGAGGGCGGCACUAGAUGUGGAUACUGGGCUGGUGUAUUCUUCCUGUCCUGUUCAGAAGGAGAGCAGAUCAGUUUCCUGUUUGACUGUAUAGUCAGAGGCAUCUCUCCUAGUAGAACACCCAGUGGCCUCAGACCUAACCUACCAGAUCCCAGUGCUAGCCGGUCCUCCUCAGAGGAGAGGAUCAACCAUGAAACAUCGGAUCUAGAGAGAAGACUCAGUAUGCUGUCUCACAGCAGUAGACAGAGCAGUACAGCCUCCACCUCCAGUUACAGCACCUCUGUUGCCGGGGACGACCGCAGCAGUAUCUCUUCCUCCUCCUCCAGCCAAUCAGACGCCAGCUACGGAAGCCACUUCCCUUUAUGGCCAGAGCCAAAACGCCCCACUUCCUCAACCGAGACCCUGUCGGGCCCUCCCACUGCGAGGUCCUCGACCAAUCUGGACGAGGAUCUCUAUAAUGCUGUCAUGAACCGCCCCCCUUUCAAACCGCCUUCCCACUCUCGUAGUCUCCACGACAGCGGGCGCCAAAGCUCAUUGGACAGCGGGAUAGGCAUCGCCAUGGCCAGCAGCCAAUCGUCUUACUCUGGGAGCUUCUCUUCCUGUACGGGCAGCCUGGACACAGCCAGUCAAGGAGGAGGGGAGGAGUUUGGGUCUGUCCUUAAUCUACCUCCCCCUCUUCUCUCUCUACCUCCUCCCUCUCUUCCUCCCCCUCCUCCCUCUCUACAUCCUCCACCUCCUCCUCAGUCCUUAAGGACCCCUGAGCCCGGCCCUCUCUCCCCCCCUACUCCCUGCUCCUGCCCCCCGUCUUGCUCCUCCUCCUCCUCCAGGACUAGUGGUUAUAGCUCUGGCGCCCCUCGGUGGCAGAGUGAGGAGUACCAGGCACCCAGCCUUCUCAGACUACAGUACGACAGCCCCAGGAACCUCCUGCACACCCUGGCCUUCAGGGAUCCUCCACCCCAGAGAGGAGCACCCGAACUGGGCAGGGACAGGUGGCUCGGUGGGGAUGGAGGUCAAGGACAGAUCCAGGGGAAUGGAUAUCCUUACCUUCCCUCCACCCCCACUGAGGCCUCUCUCCAGCGGGUAGGCACCCCUAGGCAGGCCCCUGUAGAACGGCCCCUAUCCUGGAGCAGUGAGAGAGCGCCCCCUGUGGACAGUGGUGAUCGGUGCAGCAUCAUGUCUGCUAGGCUCACACCCAGACCUCUGCUGUUACCUGGCUGUCCAGUGUGUGGAGGAACACAGGUAAUACAACUCUGGACAACUAAUAGUUAUCACAGUACUAAUAGAUUCCUAGGCUUCAUUUGGCUCAAUGUCUGACUGUUAAUUUAUUCU